AUGGCUGCGCUCGCUGGCGUCGAAUUCCUGAAGCAGUUGAGAUCCAUCUACCCAUCUCACGGUGCUCUUACCCCUGCUGCCAUAUUGGCACAGCCAUGGUACCUCGUCGCUGCUGUGGCCUUCAGCGCGAGCCGCAAACCAGAGGCAGUCCCAGCCGUCUUUGAAUUGGCCCUAAACGAGCUGAAGCUAGUCCAAGGCGGAGAGCAGCCAGAGACGAUCCAGGAGCAGCGGAUGACUCUGGCAAACAAGAUAAGGGAGGCGAUCCUCCAUUCCGGAUUGCUGAGCGGAUUUCCACGAACUAUUGAGAGUUUGGUCGCUUUAAACAAAGUGAUGCCGGAAGAGUUGCGGACCAAGACAGUUCAACGCGACACAAAAAAGAGCUUGGAUGAAUAUACGGAAAGCGGAGAUAAGCUCUUCAGGUCCAUGUAUCGCAACACCGCCGAUUCUGUGCGAGGGCUGUUAUAUUCCGCUUAUCCCGAUCUAGGAUGGUUCUGUGAUAUAGUCGGAUACGGAAUUGUCUAUGGCGGGACAAAUGUCCUAACCCAAGUCGAAGUAUCGUACACGAUAGUGGCUGCGCUGAUAGCUGUGGAUGCACCGCGGCAGGUAACAUGGCACCUUGCAAACGCACAAAAUGGUGGAGCCACACUAGAUGAAGCAAGGGCCGUCAGGGAGAUCGCAAUGAGGGUGGCAGAGAGGUCGGGCGUAACAUGGAAGGACGCAGUACCCGAGGCCAUACCGGCUCAGCAGCUAGAGUAG